GAACACCCCGUAUACUAAAGCAAAAAGUGAUCAUCCAAAAACUAGGCUGCAUUUGCACCAGUAAUGUUUUGCUAUCUGCACAGUAUUAAUUAGUUUAAAAGCAAAGAAGCAUGUAGAUCUCUCAGGUUCACUGCUGAAGGUCUGUAUUUCAAGGGUUGGCACGUUCAAUAAAUGUGGCUGUCUGUUAAUGUAAAAUCUAGGUUAUGCACAGAGAAGAUUAAACUCCCAACAUAGCUUCAAUGAUUAAAUUGUAUGAGUUCUUAUGCUUUGUUACAGGAGUUGAAGGCAUGUUAGGAGGAGCAUCAUGUUAUGAUUAUACUGAGGUUGUCAGUGAGAUGUUGUAGUUGCAAAUAAUACUGUUUGGUGAUGAUGGUGCCUAAUAGAUGCUAAAGGAUUAUAUAAUAAGAAUCCCACUAAAGACAUAAUGUGACACAGGUGGAUGUUUGUUUUGACUGAUCCUUUACCACUUCAUUCUUUUUGUAUUAAAGAUCAAAAGUGCUUUAUGGUGGUAUAGAGGUCUUAUUCUUCUUUCCAUAUAAUGGUAAAGUCUGAUUAGGUAUUACUGCAUAAUUAAGAUGAGAGAAGCAGAAGUUCCUGCUCGUUGAUUUUCUCUGAACAGAUUGUUCUAGUGAUAGUUUGAUCCUCAAGCAAAUGGCAGUACUAAUAGUACUGUAGCCUUUAGCCUUUGCAAGCUGGUACAGAAUUAAACUUGUGUCUGCUGUGAUCCCUACAAUUAUACUUGUGCCUGCUCUGAUUUAGAUGUCAUCUUAAAUGAUACCAUUCUCUAAACUUGGUACUCAUGGAAGUAUAUGAAUUAAUGAUUUGCAUGCAUCCUCCUUCAUUCUCUGAUUGCACUGUUAACAACACAACUUAACUUGGGAGCAUUGGAGCCAGAUUUUAUGCUGUAAGACUUUCUCAAAGGCAUAUCAGAGCUGUUGCAUUCUAUAUCCUGAAUCAUUUAUAUGUUGAUUUAUAACCUUCUUUCAUCUAUAUUCUUUGGCAUAAGUUUGAGAAUGUUUGAUGAGAUUUUUCAUCUACUUAUAAAAAAACCCAAACUUUCUGAAUGCAGAGCAUCUUUCUAAAAUAACUAUCCAUUUAGCUAAUUUAAAUAAGGUUAAACUGAUUUGAAGAAUGAAAUUAAUUUUUAAAUUUCAGAGAAGAGUGGAUGCAGGCCAUUCAGUAUGUAGCUGAUCGACUCCAAGAGCAAGAACCUGACCAGGAUGUUGAGAUGAUGGAACAAGAUGAUCUCAUGGGAAGGUUAAAUAUAUCCACGCGGACUUCUGGUUCUAGGGGAAGAAAAAUCACUUUAGAUAAUUUUGAAUUUUUAAAAGUCCUUGGAAAAGGAACUUUUGGUAAAGUGAUACUAUGUAGAGAAAAAGGUUCAGGUCAACUGUAUGCUAUUAAAGUUUUAAAAAAGGAGGUUAUAAUUGCUAAGGAUGAAGUUGCUCAUACACUAACAGAAAAUAGGGUUUUAAGGAAUACAAAGCAUCCUUUUCUAAUUUCUCUCAAGUAUUCAUUUCAAACUGCAGACAGACUUUGUUUUGUUAUGGAAUAUGUGAAUGGGGGAGAACUGUUUUUCCAUCUCUCCCGAGAGAGGAUAUUCAAUGAAGAAAGAACGAAAUUCUAUGGUGCAGAAAUUCUCUUAGCUCUCGAUUAUUUACAUAGUCAAGGAAUUAUAUAUAGGGAUUUAAAGCUAGAAAACCUACUAUUAGAUAAGGAUGGUCACAUCAAAAUAGCUGACUUUGGAUUAUGUAAAGAAGAUAUUAAUUAUGGUGCUACAACAAAGACAUUUUGUGGAACACCAGAAUAUUUAGCUCCAGAGGUUUUAGAAGAUACUGAUUAUGGCCGUGCUGUUGAUUGGUGGGGAUUAGGAGUUGUCAUGUAUGAGAUGAUGUGUGGUCGUCUCCCAUUUUACAAUAGAGAUCAUGAUAUCUUAUUUGAAUUAAUAUUAAUAGAAGAAGUAAAAUUUCCCAAAAACCUUUCUCCCGAGGCUAGAUCUCUUCUCAGUGGUUUACUUGUUAAAGAUCCAAAGAAGAGGCUAGGAGGAGGUCCUGAUGAUGCAAAAGAAGUUAUGUUGGAUCCUUUUUUCCGCUCCAUGCCAUGGCAAGAUCUUCUGGAGAAAAAGGUUACUCCUCCUUUUAAACCAUUAGUAACUUCAGAUACAGACACCCGUUAUUUUGAUCAGGAAUUCACUGGAGAAUCUGUAGAACUAACUCCUCCAGAUCAAGGCCCACUUAAUUCUAUUUCUGAAGAAAUGGAACAACCAUAUUUCCAACAGUUUUCAUUUCAUGGCAGCACAGGAACUUUAGGAAGAAGUAUUGACCAGUAGUAUGACAUCCAAGAUGGGCUUAGUAAAAGAACUAAAAGGGGAAAAAAUAUGCAAGAAGUGUUUCCAAUGAAUACAGAAUAUUUUGUCAUGAGCAUUUGCUUUUGUUCUAUAUAAUUUUCAUCCUUUCUAACCAAUUAGAAAGAAAAAAAAAAAAAAAAAGCAAAGAUUCAUGGAAAGAAGAAAGAACUGCAUUUUUUCAUCACUUGAUGCACUAAGGAAACUAAAAUGAUUGGAAAUAAAGUUUAAUGCCAAUGUUUUUCCUUUGCGAAAAGCAGCGUUAGUGCAAAAUGCAGAUUUUUCCUUUGUCAGGAGUAGCUGACUCCUCAUGCAUAAGGUCACGACAAAUACUUUUCUUAGAAAUAUUUCACUUGUUGUAACUGAAAUAAAAGUUCAUUUAUUUGCAGCUAAGGACAGUAAAUAUAUUACAUAAAUAAUGGUGCAAGCAUUUACUGCGAUCUACAAAUCAAAAUUAAUUUUUAUAUCAGAGAACGAAAAAAAAUAGAAUUUAUUUUUAAGGAAAAGUUAAGAUUACAUUGCUUCCUAUGUGAAUUUGCAAAGCAUAAUUUUGAUGACUUUUUAGCACAAAAGUAUGUUAUGUAUUGCAUCUAUUGUAUGUACAUCACUUAUAUUUUUGUGGAAUUGUAUUGUCAGAAAGCAGAUGAGAAUAAAAAGUAUGUACAGCA